ACCGGCAGCACUGAGAGAGGCCGCAGCUCGUGCAGGGGAACGAGAGCAGCGCGCGCACCGCCCGUUCACUGUAGUAUGGCAUCGAGGAGAAUGGAGACCAAACCCGUGAUAACGUGUCUGAAAACCCUGCUCAUCGUCUACUCCUUCGUGUUCUGGAUCACGGGGGCCAUCCUCCUCGCUGUGGGGCUAUGGGGGAAGUUCAUGCUGGGGCCGUACAUCUCCCUGAUCGCUGAGAACUCCACCAACGCACCGUACGUCCUCAUCGGCACCGGGACCACCAUCAUCGUCUUCGGGCUGUUCGGCUGCUUCGCCACCUGCAGGGGGAGCCCAUGGAUGCUCAAACUGGUGAGAACAUGGAGCACGUUCUCCGAGCUCAGAUCCCCGCUGAUCCUUGACGCGCGAGCACAGCGAGAGCAGGGGAGCGCAGCAGGAGAGAGCGCGAAGGAGCGCGAAGAUGCGAGACGGGGCUCAGAGACGAAGAGACACCUGAGCCGAGCGAGUGGCAUCUCUGGGUUUGUUUUCCGUCACGAGAUUAAGGGCACGUUCCUGAGGACCUAUAACGAAGCUGUGCUGAACUACAAUGCACAGGAUGAGAGGAGUCUGGCUGUGGAUAACGUUCAGAGGAGUCUGCGUUGCUGUGGUGUGUUGAACUACACAAGCUGGUUCAACAGUGUUUAUUACCCCACUAACGGAAUUCCCCCCAGCUGCUGUGCUAACGUGUCUGACUGCAACCUCUCAGACCUGCGCAAUGUCACCAUAGCGACUGGCAAAGUGCACCAACAGGGCUGUUAUGAGUUGGUGACUUCCUUCAUUGAGACUAACAUGGGCAUCAUAGCUGGAGUGACGUUUGGCAUCGCCUUCUCACAGCUCAUCGGGAUGCUGCUGGCAUGCUGUCUGUCCCGGUUUAUCACGGCUAAUCAGUACGAGAUGGUGUAACAGAGUGGCCGUAGGAAGCUGUGAAGAGGGCAUACCAUCAUUUCAGAAACCUGGGGAGGAAACCCAACAUACUAGCACACUCCAGUCUUCUCUUCUUCUUCUUCUUCUUUUCUCCUGUCUUUCUUUUGUCCUUCGUUUUUCCUCUGCCUCGCUCUGUCCUGGUAGUGUAUUAUUCUUAACUGUGCAUUUUAUGUGCCAGCUUUCUCUUUCAGAAAUCCUUAACAAACACACACACACACACACACACACACACACACACACACACACACAUCGCUCUGUACAAAGCCAUGCAUGUCGAAGCAGUUCCACUUAAAACCCACCUGCGUUUUUACCCGGACUUUAACUGACGUCGGUGCGUCGUAGCUGUAGUUCUUUGUCCGAUAAGGUUUUAAGAAAAAAUAAAUCGAAAAUAAAUAAAUAAAUAUGAUGAAAGUAAUAGUAGUAGGUUUUUUCUUCUUCCGUUGUCGUUGUUGCUGUACGUUCGCCGUAGUGACGUCUUCGGGAGGAGAAAGUUUACGUUCUUUCCACCUUGCCGCCAUUUUCCGAGUGCCAUGUUUUAAGACUCCCGCCGGAGCUGUACAGAGUUUUCGUGCUCGUGUUGCCGUUCAGAAGCUCGUCCCGUCUUGGCGCCGCGGCUGUAGCUGGCGUGUGCUAGCGGGAUGGUGACUUGCGAAGGUACGACGCUGUAACGUGUAAAAAUCAGACGUUUUCUUUCGGUCCGAGAUCAGUGCAGAAAAUAAAGUGCCCAGAUACGUACAAGAUCUCCACAGGCAUGAGAGUGGUGUGUGUUCGACUGUAAGCUACCGAGACGCUGGAUUCUUCUGUGGAUGUUUCUCCACCUUAAUCCAAGCUACAUAGAGCUACAUAGACAUCAAUAUCUAAGACAUUAAUGUCGAAGUUUUUUAAGGUGGAUGUUUCUCCACCUUAAUCCAAGCUACAUAAAGCUACAUAGACCUUAAUAUCUAAAUCUAAUCUAAUAUCUAAUGUAGGUCUUAACUGACAUGAAACAAAAGCACCUGGACAUUUUGCGUGUGUUCAGGUGAAGCAACUAAACUGGAAAUCUCUCGGUUCUGAAAUACUCGCUGGUCUCUGAUGAUAGAACCGGAUCGCGUGGCGUUAGCCGAGCCGACGGUCGGAGAAAACGGUGUGGGUGGAGUUUUCAUCGCCUGGUCAAGCGUCACCGCGCUGGCAGCUUCUCGAGUCCGUUACGAGAAGAAAAAAACUAAAGAAACAGACACCAAAACUGUCGAGUCUGAUCUAAUUCUGACGUGAAACCACACGAGUCGCUUCCCAGCACACAAACAUGCUAGUGAGCAAUUUGUCUAGUCUACAACAAGCCUGCAGGUCAAAAACAUAGAAUCUAAUUUAGUUCCAUUUUACACUAUAUGAGAUAUGCUAGCGAGCAAAUGCGGCUAGUUAAAGAGAUUUCCGACGUUCUUGUGCUCGCCGAGCUCGGCCGUGAUCUCGGACCGAACUCCGGCGUCUGAUAGCGUCCGGGUUUCCGGCUCCGCGUUUAAAAUCUGUGUUUGUGACAUUUUGAGUUUUUGUUUUUCGAUAUUCUUUCUGGUUUGUUUAAGAUUAAUAUGACGAUGUAAUGACUUGUGUUCUAUAACCAAUGAUGCUUUUUACAGCCUCCCCUAGUCUCAGUGAAUCAUUACAGUAUUAACUAGCGAAUAAAAGCGAUCGGCGGUCUGCGGGAAACCGGACAAGACAAACGGAUAGCGACACUUUGUAUAAUAAAAAAUUUUUAAAAACGCAUCACCAGCUAGCAUGUGAGCAAAAAUAUCUGUUAGUAUUGUAAACAACUGUGAUAUCUGUUAAUAAAAUGGUUCUUUCAUCGUUAACACCUAA